ACGCGUCCGCUGGAACCGGAAGGAGCUUCCAGAGCGCGCCACGCCAACCCCUUCCGGCUUCCUCCUACUCUCCCACCGCCCAGGCGGCCACAGCUCGCUUCCCCCCCUCCUUCCAUUCGAUCCAAACCCCCCAGAACCUGUCGAAGAAGAAGCCCCGAAACCCCUAGAACGAGAAAGCGAAGCCAUGGAGAAGAAGGAUCUUCUCGGGGUUCGAUCGAAGCCGGCGGCGACGAAGAGGCGGCGCAAGGUGGCAGCCGGCGGCGGAAGCCGCUGGGGGAUCGCUAAGGCGGUCGCUGAAUACCUCGCAUCCGACUCCUACAUGUACGCGCCGCUGGUUUCCGACCCUCAGCAGCCGCCGCCACCUCCAGCAGCAGCGCCCGCGACAGGCUCUCCUGAGAAAGAAGUAACCCUGGUGCAAAAAUACAGAGGCUCUUGGCGCAGUACAUUUGCUGCCUGCUAGAAGCAUUUAUGCAGAUGCUGGAGUUGUUAACCAAGGUGUAGUCUCUUAGCAUAGGCGUCAAGCUUUACUGUCAGUCAUUUUAUUCUCUGUUCUGUUAAUGCAUAUGUGAUGUGUCUUACCUUUGUUCUGGAGCUGCUGCCUCCGAGAAAGGCUAACAAGUUAAUGCUGGGAUCAUGUGUAACUAUCUGUACCUUGUCUUGUCUCUUCGCUAAUUCAGCCAGACCAAUCAAGUGUGUCAAGAAUGUUCUGCUACUUCGCCUUCUUUUCUGUGUUAUACUAGUACUAUGCUAUUCUCUAUU